AUGGUCGCCGCGGGCGCCGCCCACGCCCUCUGCCUCGACGACGCGGGGCGCGUCUGGAGCCUCGGCUGCGGCGACGACGGCCGCCUCGGCCGCGGGCCGGACCGCGACCCGGCGCCCGCGGUCGUCUGCGCGGUCGUCGCCGGCGUCGCCGACGCGCGCCACGUCGCCGCGGGCGCCUGCCACAGCCUCGCGGCGACGGCGGCCGGCCGGGUGUACAGCUGGGGCCACGCCGGCGCCGGCCGCCUCGGCCGCGGGCCGCCCGCGUGGCCCGAGGAGCCCGCGCCGAAGCCCGUCGCCGUCGCGGUCGCCGUCGCGGCCGUCGCCGCGGGCAAGUACCACUCCCUCGCCGUCGCCGCCGACGGGAGCCUCUACGCCUUCGGCGACAACUCCUACGGCCAGCUCGGCCUCGGCGGCGACGACGACGCCUUCGAGCCCGCGCGCGUCGACCUCCCGGCGGGCGCCGUCGUCGUCGCCGCGGCCGCGGGCGGCAGCCACUCCGUCGUCCUCCUCGAGGGCGGCGACGUCCUGGGCUUCGGCUCCAACGCCGACGGCCAGCUCGGGGAGCUCGAGGACGUCGAGGGCGUCGAGGGCGAGAGCGACGGCGAGGACGACGGCGACAGCGGCGCGGACGGCGCCUCGAGCGGCGACGACGCGAGCGACGCCUCCGACGAGUCCGACGGUUCCGACGAGACCGCGGCCGAGGUCUGGACGCCGACGCGCAUCGCGGGCCUCUGCGGCCGUGGCGUCGUCGAG